AACCCCGCCUUCCACUUCGCUCCUCCAUCUUCUAAUCCCUCGUUUUUUUCGCGCCUAUACAUACCCCCCUUCCUUCUCCCUUUCCAUCUCUCUCUCGCUUUUCUUCAAACACCUUCCCUUCGCGGUGGUCCGAUCCCUCUCUUCUUCCAUGGCCGCCGACGGCCUCCUCCGCCCCGUCUAUGAGGCCUGCAUCGCCGGCUGCGACUCCGAAAUCCACCGCCGUCCUUACCACCGCAACUGCACCUGCGCUCUCCACAAGUCUCGCCGUCAACCUCCUCAUUGUUCCCAUUCCAAAUCCAAAUCCAUCUCCUAUCCCAUUCGUCGAUCCUGGAGCGAAGGCUGCUUGUCUCUCGCCCUUGCCUCUGCUUCCUCUUCCCCUUCCACCUCCCCUGUCGUCGGUAAGACCUCUCAGCCUGGUGCUGCUUUGAGCGAGGACGAUGACGACGACGCUCCUAUUCUCUUUGCCAGGCCGAAUUGAGAGUUCGAUCCUUUAUUUUCCUUCUUCUUCUUCUUCUUUCAUGUUUUCGACAAUUUUCCUGCCUUAGGUUUUGAAUAACUGUGAACCAGAUGAGAUGAUUUAUUAUACUUGUGAUUUUUAUUAUCUUGAGUUUCUGUGAUCUGAAAAGAAAAAUAUUGGAUCCGUUCUUGUUUUUGAGUCAUGUUUUUUACUUGCAUUCUCGUCGUCAAAUAGAUGGCGAGAUUUGGAAAUCGAUCUUCUCUUUGUUUGGAGGAGGAUAGGUAACUGUUGAUGAUUAAGAUACUUGAUCUUGCGUUUUAGUUUAUGUAUAUAAAUAUAAAUAUAAAUAUAAAUAUAUAUUUUAUUUGUCUUCUUCUGAA